AUGAGCGAUAUCGUCUACGUUUCACCGCAGCUGUACUUACUUUCCAAAAAAUCGUGGAAAACUGAUUCGCAAAAGGCUGGUUAUAUACCAAUAUUACGCGCCGAUGUGCCUAAGUUCCAGCAGUCGCUACAGAAACUGAACGGAUCUGCGAAUCUCCAGCAGAAAAUAAUCGAUAAUGGUACGCCUGCUGAAGCUAAAGAACCAACAGUUAUUCUCUCUUCAAGCUCAACGGCCGAAGAAAACGAAGCCGCUGGUUUGAAGGGUCGAUAUCAAAGCUUGAAGCAGUUCUUCCCCAUUGGAUUGCAACAGCAACUCCAUACAAUCUCCCUACGGGGACUGCCGAAUAAGCUCUCGAAUGAGGGCUUGGAGCGUUUUUUGACUGAAUGUAUCAAACGUAUACUGACAUGGCAAUGUAUUGAAGAAACGGUUAACAUAGAGAGCUGGACAAAUGUACGGUUUUUCGAGUUACAGACGCAGGAUGUUUAUUUUAGAUUUGGUCAGAUUGAUGACAAGGUGUAUGCUAUGCUGAGCAAAUCACUGGAGAUUUUAUUUGCCCCAUCAGCCGAUGAAUCUGGUAGAUAUGCAGUCGAGUUCCACAUUGACUCGAAUACAAGGCUGUUCGUUCAAGAUAGCAACGUAGAGGCAAAGCAAGAAGGCCAGGAGGAAAUCAGAAAUGAAUUGCUAAAGCUCCUGAAGACACUGGAAGGCUCUGAUGACAGUAGUGGUAAGACUGACGAGAGCGUUUUCGAUCACUUUUCGGAUUAUCAAGUAGACCUCAAUACCCUGAGCGACCUUCCUUCAGAGUCUUUACCACAGUUGUGCAAGGAUAUCAUUGAUUUUCGAACAAGAGUGGUGAGUAUUGAGAGGGAGAAAAGGGUACGCGAAUCUUAUGAAGAGAACAGGCGCAGGAAACAUCAAAUAAUGAGAAUAUUCGAUCAGAUACGGAAAAGUGCAAAAGAUAAGUCAGGCCCUGAUGAAAUUGAAAGUGAUGAAAGCGACGAUGAACAAACCGAGGAUGGAGGCACUAAUGAGGACGAUCUUUUGAUCGAAAGGCAACGGCAAGACCGUAUCAAAGAGGAGUCACACUUGAGAUACGAGGAAGCUGUUCGCAAGCUCCAAAACGACAUAGAGCCUCGAUUAAUUUCGCUACAGAGAGAAAUUUCAAGACAGCAAAACUACGAGCAGACGCUGAUCGCCGAAAGACCGCUUCAUUUAAAAGAACUGCUACACCGGGCCAGCGACCCCUACUACGAUCACCACAGGUCUUUCAAACAAGCUGAAGAAGAAAAGGAUGCUGCCGAUCGAGACAAAUACGGGUCUGAAGAGCCAACAGAAGCCUUGCCACCAAGCGCUGAGGCCACUUCCAAGGCCGAGAAACACGAGAAACAACCAGAGGAGGCUCUUGAAGCCGCCUCAGAGCAAGUCAAGAUCAAAUUUGCGUUCAAAAAGGCCAUUGAAAAAUCAGUCCUCGAGGCAAACGAUGAAGAAGCGACUCGAGACCUACGGGAAAACCAGGAAUCGCAAACUCUCGCGGCACAACAGCCUCUACCAGAUGUCUUACCCUUCCAAGACGAGCAACUCGAUUCCUACAUAGAGAAACUCAAGGAGAGCCGCCUAGUGGAUGAACUAGUCAAGGAAUAUCUCGGUGUCUACGAAGAUGAGCUGGUCCAGUACAUUCUCGACAACAUCCGCGAGCACAAGAGUAAACAGGUCCUAUUGGACGAGCUAAAGGAAACAUUUGACGAAGAAGCAGUCACCAUUGUCGACGCGAUCUGGUCCAGCAACAGCUGGGUAUAA